AUGCCCGAUCUGAGAGUGAUGUUCACUCGACUUAGCCUAUUCGACGAUGGAAGUUUAUUGGCAGAACUUCAGGUCAAACCGACAUGGAUUGAACAGAUUCGAGGUAAACAAUUGGGGGAUAAGUAUCUCAGGUAUGGGGUACUUUGUUUCCACGGUCAGAUUUGUGUACCGAAUGAUGAGGAUUUAAGGCAGUCGAUUCUAAGAGAGGCGCAUGGUAGUCCCUAUACUAUUCAUCCAGGCAGGAAUAAGAUGUAUCGAGAUUUUCGGGAAUUGUACUGGUGGUCAGGGUUGAAGUGUGAGGUUUCCGACUUCGUUGCUUACUGUUUGACUUGUCAGCAGGUUAAGGCUAAGCAUCAGUUACCUACGGGUUUGCUGCAACCGGUUAAGAUACCGUUAUGGAAAUGGGAGCGGAAAGAUUGUCAGUCAGAGAGUGUGAUUCAGAUACUAGAGGACAUGUUAAGGAGUUGUGUUAUUGAUUUCCGAGGCAAUUGGGAGGAGUACUUGCCGUUAGCGGAGUUUGCCUACAAUAAUAGCUUCCAGUCUAGCAUCCAGAUGGCACCUUACAUGGCACUUUACAGUCAUAAGUGUCGCACUUCUUUAUGUUGGACUGAGUUGGGCGAGCGACGUGUUCUAGGUCUUGAGUUGGUCUCUGAGAUAGAGGAUAAUGUUAGAUUGAUUCGGGACCAUUUGAAAGCGACUUCUGAUAGGCAAAAGUCGUAUGCAGAUUUGAAGAGGCAUGAGAUCGAGUAUUCUGUAAGGGGACUUAGUGUUUCUUAG